CUAAAAUGGUAAAUUCUUAAAGUAAAGAAUUUCUUACUUUCCGACUACAUCGAUUUCGCUAAAGCGGCACGCCACUGUCCAAGCCAAUCAGUAGGCAGGGCCAACUUUGACCGGUCGAAAACGACACGUGUGUAUAUUUUGAGGUUAGGUUUUUGUUUAAAAUAGAAUAGUUCUAAUUUUAUAAACAACAUGGACAAAGAAAACGCAAAUAAACGAAAACUGACAAUUAGUACUAGCGAGGAAGAAGAGGAAGAUGUUGAAGAAGAAUCCGAAAGCGAACCUGAAGUGGACUGUGAUAAGUGGGACGACGACUGCAAAAUCGUCACCACAGAACCAAAACAUUCAGUACAAGGCUAUCAUUUAAUGCCCACAUGUAGCCGAAACCCCGACGAAAACCCCCACAAGAAGAUCAAAUUGGCGCCAGAAAUUAGGAAAAGUUUGUUGGAUGUGAGUUACAAGAGCGAAUUUGCCAAGUCGUGGCUCAAAGGUAGCGAAUUUUUGCGAAAUGGGACUGAUUUGAUGGCGAGUCCGUUCAAAGUUUGUGUGGUUGAUAAUUUUCUGGAUAAUUCGAAUAUUUUGGGGGACGUGAGGCAAGAAUUUAACGACGUUGAUUGGAAUUUGAGAAGUAUGGAUUUGUAUGAAUUUUCGCAGUCAAAGGAUUUGAAAUAUUUGGAUGAGCAUGAAUAUAUAACUUCUGUUUAUAAGUUCUUGGAAAAUGAUGUGAUGAAGUGGGUUGCUGAAGUCACGGGGUUGAAAUUAACGCAUAUUUCGGCAACGUGUAGCUUGUACAAUAAUACUGAUUAUUUGUUGGUUCAUGAUGACCAGAGGGGGGACCGUAUGGUCGCUUUUAUUUUAUAUUUAACGAAUCCAGAGGGAUGGGACGAAAAUAAAGGAGGGGCGCUCCAACUACUAAAUAAAAAUGAAGACGGACAUCCGUUGAAAGUGGUCCGAAACAUAUAUCCAACUAACAAUCAAUUUGUAUUUUUCCAAGUAACAAAUGAUUCAUAUCAUCAGGUAGCUGAAGUUACGAGUUUUGGGGACACCAGGCUAAGUAUUAACGGGUGGUUUCAUACUGAAAGUCCACCAGUUUAUGAAUCUCCCCAAUUCCAACCAUAUCCAGAAGGACUAUAUGGGGAUAAAAUUUACAAACAGAUUAAUUUUGACAGCGAAUUAUCUUCCUGGAUCUGCGACGAGUACUUAGAAAGCGACAUAACUGAAGACAUUCAAGAAUAUUUUGAACAACAUUCAGAAAUCUCCCUCAAAAAUUUCCUAAAACAGGAGUCUUUCAACGAAAUAUCACUAAUCUUAACCUCUGAUAGUCUAAGUUGGGUUAAAGUAGGUCCUCCUAAUCGCUAUUGUUACGAAGUUGCAAAAACCAAUGACUUACCGUCGGUUCUUCAAAGAUUUUUGCAACUGUUUCAAAGUAAACAGAUGUUUACUUUAUUGCAAAGCUUCACCGGGCUAGAAUUUACUGAAGAAACGUCUAGUGUGAAGUUUGAGCUUCAGAAAUGGACACCGGGUUGCUAUGCGCUGCUGGGGGACUAUGACUGGUAUGAUAAGAAGCAACUAGACUUAGUGUUAUAUUUUGGUUGUAAAAAUAACACCGACGUGAUCGGUGCGAGGACGUUGUACGUCACAGUGGACGAAGAAAUCCAAGAUGCCUUAAUCACUCUAGAACCUGAAGAAAACAACCUUAAUUUGAUCUACCGGGACACUGCCAGGUUUACCAAAUACUUUAGUAAACUGAGUCGUUGCGGGUGUUUUUACACACUGAUUUGUUCUUACAGCGAAUAAAAUCGAACCGAUUUUAUUAAACAA